UUUGCGUCGCGAGGGUGUAAACUGUCUUUGUGAAAAAUAUAUUAUUAAUUAAAUUUUUAAAUAUAUGUUGGGUAUGUUAAAAAUAUUUUUUGAGUGAUAAAGUGUCGUGUUUAGUUUGGUGUUUGUGCUGAUUGGACUGUUUUGAGAUUCGAGACUUGAGGAAGAUUUUGUGAUGAAAUCCACAAAUAUGGAAUCAUGUUCUGACCGCCUCAGUCCUUCAAGCGACUUGACAAGCGAGUCAGAAACUUCUUUACCACCCUUUCCCUACGACAAUCAAAACGGAAACUUCUACCAAGCAGAAUUGAACGAAAAGCAAUAUUUUUCUUGUAAACAGAAGUCAAGAAACGAGCAAAAAAGUCCAAAAGACGUCUAUUUACAAGAAAGCAACAAAAUGACUUUCGAGAACUAUCUGUCACCUCCGAGAAACAAAAAAUAUUUGAAUUUCGAACUCAAAUUGCCGCCGACCAACGACAAUAUUUUUUCGCAAUUGGAGACUGAAGAUCGGAUGCGUUCAGGCUACUUCAAUGAGGUUCAAGAUCUAAAGAGUUGUGUUCAAAAUGAGAAUCAUCCGAGUUUGUCGGAUAUGAAACUGAAUCAGCAGAUUUUUGAUAGUGUUAAUGUGAAUAGCGAAAGGGAUAGAGUGCCUCAGACUUAUUUUGCGGAGAAUGAGAACAGUAAUUUGAGGAGAUGUUUGAAUUUUAACUCGGAACAAGUGCAGUGUGUUUGCGAGGCGUUACAGCAGAAAGGUGAUAUAGAGAAGCUUGAAGCUUUUCUUUGGAGUUUGCCUCCCAGUGAGCUGCUGAGAGGACACGAAACGUUAUUGAGGGCCCGAGCACUAGUAGCGUACCAUAGAGGCGUGUACCAGGAGUUGUACGCCAUACUGGAAGCACACUCGUUCCCGCCAAGACAUCACACCGCUCUGCAGAGUUUAUGGUUCAAAGCACACUAUAAGGAGGCUGAAAAAGUUAGAGGAAGAGCGCUAGGUGCAGUGGAUAAGUAUAGACUUAGGAAAAAAUAUCCUCUACCCAAGACGAUAUGGGACGGAGAAGAGACAGUUUACUGCUUCAAGGAGAAGAGCAGGAAUGCUCUGAAAGACUGCUACUACAGAAAUAGGUACCCAACUCCUGAUGAAAAACGGGCCUUAGCACAGAAGACAGGUCUGACCCUCACUCAGGUGUCCAACUGGUUCAAGAAUCGGAGGCAGAGGGACCGCACACCACAGCAACCUAAUAGACCUGAGAUGCUAGUACCAGCUCAAUACGCGGGCCCGCAAGGAGGUCUAGCUCAGGCCUUACUCCCAAAUGCCUACUAUCAUCAGCUGCAAGACCCCACACACUAUCAUGGCUGUGCACCUUAAUGUUGCCAUAUAAAGGACACCUUAGACGAUCUAUUAAAUUGCGCAAUAUUGCGAAUUGACCUUCGGUAUAGAGAUUGCGCAAUGAUUCUAAGCGGUAAAAAAAAUAUUGCACAAUAUUUUUCUUGUAGGUAGUGUUGCGCAAUUUAAUUGAUCGUCUAGGUGGCGCCUAUCUCCAAUAUAACCAGUGCAAAUAAAGUAUUACUAGUUAAACAGACUGUGAGAAAAAGUGUUAAUUAUAAAAAUUAUGUACUUUGUUGUUUUCACGCACCAUUUAGCCUAUUGUAAAUAUGUAGUAUUUUUAGUUUAGGAUUAUUUACUGAGGAGAUUUAUCAGAUUUAAUGUUUCACUCAAAUUUAUUUAGCAGCACUUUUGCACGAUCAAACAGAAUGAACCUUACCUAAGUAUCGAUAAAAAUGGCUGUUAUUUUUAAGUGUCUAUGGGUCUUUAAACAAAAAAAAGCCUCACGGGUAUGUUAGAAAUUUAGAAUAAAUAAUGUGUUUUUUCACACCCACCACUGAACAAAUUACUUUCAUAAGUCAAUAAUUAGUCAAGCUUUUGAGCUAAAUAUCUAGCUGACCGUCCUACUCAUUGAAAUCAUGGGAUAAUUUCCCAAAAUGUUGCCCGUAUUUACGUAGGUUACUUUAUUAUUUAAAACCCAAUAGUUCCUAGUGGCCAUGCACUCUUUAUUUUAGUUUAAUUAGCAAUUAAGUUUAAGUGGUUAAAACUUAAUGCAAGACAUAAAUAGUUGAUUUUAUAGCGUUGAAUUAUAAUUUCUUAUAUAAUAGGGCUGUUUAAAUUAAUUAUUAAAAGGUGCCAACAUAUUUUCAGACAAAUAGGUAUGUACCUAAAAUACAUAGUGAUCUUGGAUAACUCCCUAUUGUUCCAAUUUUGUUCCAUUGCAAUGACAUUAUCAGAAUGAAAAAAAUAAGUAUACCUAAAUAAAUAUCUACUAGACGAAAAUAUAUAAAUUUUUCGCAUUUUUUUAUGUGUGCAAAUGGUACCUAUCUCUAAUUAUUACAUUACACUAAUACCUAAUUUAAAUAAAAAUUACAAACAAAAUAGCUGCGAAUAAGGUAUUAUUUAUUUUCCAAAUUAAUCGAGUGAUGCUUUUUUUUAUUUUUAUCCUGUUGACCUUGGAUCUAUGUACCCUAUAGAAAUAAUAGUUAUAAUGUUCCUUUUUUAUAAGGAUAGUGUUUAGGAAAGAACAUUAAAAUUGUAAGUAUUUUUACUUUUUCUCAACAAUAUUAUUUUGUGAUUUUGUGCUCAAAAUAGUGAAUUGUUUUAUGUCUAACUUUAAGGUGCUGUUUAAGUUUCAAACCAUUGUAUUCUAGUCUGGAAGCGAA